AUGUUGGCCACACGUCAGAUAGUUCCCUCCACUGUGGCGCACAUUGUGUGCCCCCUUUCGCUUAUUGGCGGCGGCGUUGUGCUCCUCGCAGCUGUUGGGACCUCCAUUCACGUCUACAAACCGGUGUGGCGGGCAGAUAGCGACGAUGAUAUAGAGAGAUGUUACUUCUCCGCUACGGGGGAUGAGAUGCAUUUAGGCAACACACCCAUCUCUAUGGUGGCCUGCGCCCAUCAGUGCUUUGCUGUCGUCACGCAAGACCACAGACUCGUGGUUGCACGUUAUCAAACAAACCUACCCGUCGACCCCCUGUCUUGGGUUGCGAAAGAUCCCCUGCAUCACAACAAUGCGUGGAUAGUGCUGCACCGUACUUCACUUUCCACAGACUUUUCUGGUCGUUGCUCGCAGCCAGUUCACACCCCGCAACUGGCGUGUAGUAGCGAUGGGCUCGUGGUUCAGUGUGCGGCCACGGGUGGAGGUCGGUAUUGUGUCAGCAUCAACUUUCCCUCCACUUCGCAGGGAGCUGAGAAGCUGGCGCAAACGAAAUGGGUUUUUGACGUCCCAGGUAGCGUGGCGCAGCAGACGUUCCCCACGGCUGCCUUCAAGCGUGAUGUGUUGGAACAAUCGGAUGAAGAGCUUUUGGAACGCUACACCAUUCAGGAGUUGGUGGAGCAGAAGCAAAAGCAGGAGCGGCCGGAACCUUGCAUUCGCUGUGGGAUGCCUCCUGUUAGCGUUUCGGCCAUUAGUCAUGUGUGUAAUAGUAACGAUGUUUCGGUUGCCCUUCUAUCCGUUGCGUCACCGACAACUGUGAAGUCGGAGUGCGUUGAAAAGAGGGACAGUUUUGCGUUUGCGUCAGUGGACAGCGAUUGCCUAGACCUGUGUAUGGUUAAUAGACCCAAAUUCGACCAAAUCUUCGAUGAUAAAUAUCCCAUGCCAAGCUGUUCGCCCUACCUAGUGUUGUCGCUUCACAAAACAUUGUUGGUGCUGGCUAGACUCGGAAACACGCACAAACUUACAGUUUUCAGCGUUGACAAGGGUCCAGUGAUGAAAAUCUGUAAGGUAGUGAGACUUGCCCAGAGUGCUGUGCAACCCAUCGCGGGUGUGGUGCACCAACGGCGGCAGCCAUUUCAGGUAUUAGAGAGUGUAGACGGAACAGGGGAAAGUGAAGUAAGCAACACCGACAGCGAUGUGUUGUGGCUUCUUUUGAGUAAUGGUAAUCUGACAGAGUUCCCGUUGGGAUCAGUAGCGCGGGCCACUGGACCUGUGGUGGUUCAGGAUGCGCCCCAUCUUCUCGUGGGGGAUUGCGAAGGAUGUGAUUGGCCACUCGCUCACAUUAGUGGUCUCCCCAGUGGGUUCCGUCCGUCCGCCGCGGUGCCACUUCCGCACGAGUCGACAGUCACCUUCGAACCUCACAACACCACGCGGCGUUACAUCAUGUUGAGUGACGGAGUGGCUGACUCAUACGUUAUCGACCUUGAAACCCGUUGCACAGUGGGUGCACUGCUUUCAAACGGUGCCAUGACGUCUGCAUGUGGCGGGCCUUCAGCUGACAUCAUCGUUUCAUAUGCAAAGGGAGUGCUACAGCGUCUGUCGCCAGGGAUCGGAGCGGUUCUGCGUGUCCGCGCCACCUUUGCGGGGUCUCAGCGAAUGUUCUUACUUUCGACCGCUGUUGGAAAUCGGCUUCAGGACAAGGAACCGGAGCACACUCUGCUGGAAUUCUAUGUUGUAAUUACUACAGCCAUCAACACUGUCCUUCUGCGCGGAAGCGGGAGUCAGUUGGAGAAAGUGAACGAUGUACAGCACCUGAUACUCGACGAACCAACUUUGGCUGUGUACUGUGUUCCUGACGCACAGGAGUUGUCAUCGCCGUCGUCACAUUUUUUUGCGCAAUGCACUCCAACUCGUAUUAACUUUUCAGGGAAGUGGAUCCGACUUCCAAAUGUUUUACCCGAAUUCACUAGUGCCUCUCACGCGUGCUUUGGGGAUGAUAAAUGGCUCGCUGUUGCAUACGGCCGGAAGUUUGCCGUUUUUAGUAUUGCUAACGUCAACGAUACAUACGUGGUUCUGCUUGAGACCCUCCCCAGCGAUGUGUCACAUGUGACGACGUGGAAAGCGAGCGAAUCUAACAGCGGUUGCUGCAAUAGCACGCUUUGGUGCGUGGCAGCCUGUCUCUGGUCACAUGAGGUUUGGGUUUGGAUGCUAGAUUGUGGCGUGAGGGGAGAGUUAAGGAAUCGUUACCAUAUUUUUCACCUUGACGCUGUUGCUUUAUCCAGCUUCCUCAUUACAAAACGCACCGCGGAGAGCUGCGAUGGUGGGGUACAUGAGGUAGGAAUGGGACUGGUGCUGCUGGACCAGGGGGUUGUCGUGCUUCAGUGUUCCAUGGAGGGACCCCCGUCUCUGACUGCACUGAAGGACGUUGAUGGUGCGCCAUUCGUUGCGGAUCUCUGUCUUAGCAUUGCAACACAUGGCGCAGCUGCGGCUGGCGGUCCUCACUUUGAUUUUGCAAGCUUGCGUGCUGGCUCUGUUGAGCUCGUGUCCCUGGACGGCAUGUCGUCCAGUGGAGAGCAGUUGGCUGUUGCCCUCGCGCCUCAUCCGGGUGACAAUAGCGCUAAUACAGAUGGCGGUAUGCUCUUACCUCAGUUGCACUGUGGACUCGUGGUAUACCUCCCCGCUCACUCCUUUUAUUUACUUCUUCUCGCUGACUUCGACGGCAUAUCACUUCGAUCCAUCACCGAAUUGGUCCCUCCUCCCCAACCGUCGCAUUUGGCGUUAGCGCUGGGAGUUGCUACAAGUGGAAAGGCCGCGUCGCCCAUCAGCGACCCCCCUUGUGAUCUUCGCCGCCGUGGGGUUCUACUGCGCGGGCCUGUGGUGUACCAACUUACACACUCCAUGCGGCUUCCAUCAGUAACGUCUCCUUCACACAGCCUUACCAAAGCAGUUUACUUGCAUCAGUGCAAUAUUAUCGUUGCUAUGCUAGAUCGGGGUGAACAGGCCUCGUUUAUUUCAACAGUCGACGUCGAUACGUUCCGCGUGGUGGAUGCGAUGGCCAUGAAACAGGAUGAAGUUGCUAUGUGUAUGGAGCCUUUAAUGUCAUUAGGAGGAGGAGAAGUGAGUGGUGAUUUUAUUGUAGGCACGGUUAUUUUAUCCUCUGAUGCCCCCAACGCUGUGGACAAGGAGGCGGCCACUGCUGGCCGUGGGGCCAACACGGUGCUCGGUCGGCUGAUCGUCGUUCAGGCGCGUCCGCUGCGCAUCUCGACAGCAGGCGAUAUUGUCGGCCCCCAGUUGAAGGGCAAUGGAGGAGUAGUUGAUCUGUCGGUUCAGAGUUUAGGGGAUGUGCAUCUCAUUGCUGUGGCAGCGCUCGACAUGGUGCUGAUAUUCCGCCUUGUUGGGUCCACGCUAUCGUUGAUGUGCUCCACAUCGUGCACACCUGCCUGCACGACCGUGGCCCUACAGUAUCCCUUCCUUUCUUGUAGCCUUUACUCUUGGGGAACGCGGUACAUGCGACUUGUGUCGAAAAGCAGUAAAAGUAAUUCAGAUAAGAGCCCCAAUAGCACUCACUGCCCGGAGCCGGUUGCUGCAUUAGGGGAUGUUAUUUUGACUCAGUGCCUUCAGGAUGAUCUCUCACUACGGCAUUGUGCUUUGGAGCCCACGCCUUUUGCCAACAUUCACUCGCAAACUACUUUUGCUGACGGGUUUGUUCGUGUGGAUGGCAAUCGCAAUGUUGUCAUAUUCAGCUUAAAGAACCCAAAGGUUAAUGGCCAGAACAGCACGGCCGUUGCAGCGGGUAUUGUUGGCGCAGAUGGCGGCCUUCGAAGCUCUAUCACGCGGUGCAUGCGACUUCCAUCCUGCAUCCAGCGCGUAUCUGUUCAGCGAGAGCGAUCUCGCCAUCACUUGCAUCCCAAUGGCAAAAACAACAACAACAACAACAUCAUUCAUGACAAUGGCGGCUCUAGGGGAAGUUUCCGUCCAUCCGAAUUAACACCAUGGCGCUACCGUCAAGUACCUUUUGUAUGUUGGCACGGGCGGCCCACUGCCUUGAGAGUAGUGGGACCUUCUCUACUGCUGCCUUGUGCUGAUGGAGCACUGCACUGUGCGAGGGAAAUUCCACAAGCGUUUGUUGGGGUUUUGCUUCGGCUGGAACAGAGAGCGACGGAGCUAUAUGACACAACAUUUUCUCUCUCGCGCCGCGGAUCCCAUGUGGCGCUUGGUGAAAGUCCUUCAUGUGGACUGCAGCGUACAUAUCACACAGUGAGUUACGAAGCAGAAACUGCCCUCCAGAGUCCAACCCGAGUGCUAAUGAAACAAAGUUUUGUAUCUGUAGAUGCGGUGGGGGAACUCGUGUUGCUUCGACGAUUAGUAGAAAUACCCGAUGCGGCACUAACAUCUGAGGAACGUUUACUGGUGGAGCGCAAAGCUUCGCUGUUGGAUGAGCGGCUGGAACACGUGUGGGCGGAAUAUGGCGGAGAGUUGAAAGACAUGGCGGUUGCGGAGUUGCUUUACUUGUGGUAG